CAUUGAAUGAAGACCGUGCAUCACAGCUGGGCUGUGAAUAAGAAGAGAAAAAGAGAGCAAUAAUGAGUAGUAGUGUUGACAAAGACGAAGACGAAGACGAAGUGAGUGAAUGAGUAAGAUUAUCCUCUGCGUUCCCUUGUUCAUCUCGAUAUUCAUUAUUCUCUCUGAAAGUACACAACUUCUUUCUCACCAACUCUUCUAUCUUCUGUUCCAUCUCUUGCUGGAAUCUUCUAUAGUUAUCAACGACAGUAUUUGAAAGAAGACGAGGUUAAUUAAGUUGAAUCGAGUGAAGUGAAUUGAUGGACAUUCUGAAUGAUUUUUUGUCUGGAGUUUUGAAAGACGUGGCGUGUGGAGCGGUUAAUCAAUUGCAAUACUCAUUUUGCUUUAAUAGUUUUGUUAAAGAGCUUGAAAAAGAAGAAGACAACUUGAUCGAAACGAGAAGAAAUGUAGAAGAUCGUGUCAUACAUGCUCGAAGACAAACCUUAAAGAGUGCUCAAGUUAUUGAUAAAUGGUUGGAGAAUGCAAACAUUGAUUCAGAAAAUGUGAAUCGUUUGCUGAGAGAGACAAAUGCCAAAAAGAGUUGCUUUUUUGGAUACUGUCCAAAUUGGAUUUGGCGAUACCGUUUAGGAAAAAAGUUGGCAAACAAAAAAGCAGACCUUCAAAAGAUCAUUCAAGAAGGCAGACAAUUUAUACAACUUGAACGCAUUGCCUCAAUUCCUUCAAACACUUUCGAUAUUCUCACAGAUAAAUGUAUGAACUUUGAUAGUAGAAAAUUUGCUUUUGAGCAAAUAAUGGAAGCACUGAAAGAUGAUGGGGUUGCCAUGACUGGAUUGUACGGGAUGGGAGGUUGUGGUAAAACCACAUUAGCAAUGGAAGUUAAGAAGAUAGCAGAAGCUGAGCAUCUUUUUGACACAGUUAUUUUCGUGCCUGUGUCUAGUACAAUAGAAGUUUCAAGAAUUCAAGAAAAAAUUGCAAGUUCAUUACAGUAUACAUUUCAAGAAAACCAAGAAAUGGAAAGAGCACAACGCUUGUGCAUGAGAUUAACCCAGGAAAAAAAAAUUCUUAUGAUUCUGGAUGAUGUAUGGGAAAAGCUUGAUUUUGGUCGCAUAGGGAUUCCCUCCUCUGAAUACCAUAAAGGCUGCAAGAUUCUCAUUACCACUAGAUCAGAAGAAGUUUGUAUUUUAAUGGAUUUUCAGAAAAAGAUUUAUCUGCCAAUCUUAACUGAUGAAGAAGCGUGGACUCUCUUCCAAAACAGAGCACUUAUGUCUGAAGACACUCUUGAAAACAUCAAGCAUUUGGCAAAAUCAAUUUCAGAAGAAUGUAAAGGAUUGCCUGUUGUCAUUGUAGCUGUUGUUAGUAGCUUGAAGGGAAAAGAAGAGGUGAUAUGGCGUGCUGCGUUGAAUAAAUUGAGAAGUUCUAAGCCGAUCAAUAUUGGAAAAGGUUUGCGAGAUCCCUAUAAGUGUUUACAAUUGAGCUACGAUAAUCUAGAUAAUGAAAAAGCUAAAUCACUUUUCCUUUUGUGUUCUGUAUUCCCCGAAGAUUAUGAGAUUUCAGUGGAAUGUUUAAUAAGAUGUGCAAUAGGGUUAGGUGUGGCUGGAGAAGUUGACACAUAUGAAGAGGUAAGGAUUGAAGUGACUGCGGCCAAAAUGAAGCUUGUAAGUUCUUGUUUAAUGAUGGAGGCGGAUCAUGAAUGUGUCAAAAUGCAUGACUUGGUUCGUGAUGUAGCCCAUUGGAUAGCAAAGAAUGAGAAUAAGAUCGUCCAGUGUGAACCGAAAAAGGAUGUAAGUUUAGAGCAAGGUUCAAUAAGAUAUUUAUGGUGCGAGAAAUUUCCAGAUGGUUUGGAUUGUUCCAAUCUUGAGUUUUUAACUAUACAAACAAAAUUGGAAGUAUCGAAUGGAAUUUUUGAAAGAAUGGGAAAACUUAGAGUUUUGAUUAUUACCAAUAAAUGCGACUAUGGGUUGCAGUUGUCAACAACGUCUUUCAAAGCAUUGACAAAUCUGCGUUGUCUAGUGCUUCGAUAUUGGAAAUUGAGGGACAUCUCAUUUGUAAGAGACAUGAAGAAACUUGAAAGUCUUUCGUUUGAUCGUUGCUCAUGGCCUUCAUUCCUUGACUUGCAAACUGAUAUUGCAGUUACACCACUUACAAACUUGAAGUUGUUAGAGUUUCAAAGUUGUGACAUUAAAAGCAAGAUUUUUGAAGAGAUCAAAAGAAUCCCAUUUCUUGAAGAAUUAUACAUUUUUAAACACACCUGGAUGUAUCACGAGGAAGAAAAGGUUAAAUUAUUCUUUAACUCGUUUAGUGUCCCCCAAACACUACAAAGGUAUGGAAUUAUAUUAGGAUAUGAUUAUUUUUAUACUGAAUAUGUAUGGCAAGAGUUUUGUUCUUAUGAGAGAACUUUAGUACUUAAUUAUUUUGACAUAUCAAAUGAGGUUAUUAAAGGUUUAGCAAAAAAAGCAAAAGAGUUAUCUGUAGCAAAUAUUAAAGGAGGUGCAAAAAAUAUAAUUCCUGAUAUAUUUCAAAUUGAAGAAGGCAUGAAUGAGUUGAAAGAACUCAGGAUUCGUGAUUGUGAAGAGAUAGUGUGUUUGGUUGACACUAGCAAUCAUUUGAGUAAGAUGGAAAAUCUCUUCUCCAAGUUGAAUUUGAUGAGGAUAGUCAACAUGAAACAUCUAAAAGCUUUAUGGCAUGGUUGUCAACCUGCCAAUGGGUGUUUUGAAAAAUUAGAGAAGCUGUAUAUAGAAAAUUGCCCACAGUUUACAUCUCUCUUCACAUAUGUCAUUGCUCAAGGUCUGACAGAGUUGAAAAUAUUACGCAUAUGCAAUUGUGACAUAUUGGAGUAUAUAGUAGCUGAUGAUGGCAAAACAAAAAAGAGUGAAGAUAAAUUCACAAUUGAACAUUCUGUGCAAUCCAGAAUUUUCCAGAAUCUUCAACAAGUGGAGGUACAUAAAUGUGGAAAAUUAAAACAUGUAUUCUCGGUCAGUGUUACAGGAGGCCUAACUCAAUUGAAAAUGCUUGAGAUUAUAAACUGCAAUAUAGAACAAAUAAUUGAGGAUGUUUUUCCACCAACACACCAUGAAGAAACAAAUGAAAUUGUUGAGGAAGAUGACCAUCAACAUUUUGAAUCUAACCAAUUUAGAUUUUUGGCCAGAAUCAGUUCAAUUCCAUCAACACCCUCAGGAUCGUUUUUUCUGUCUAGCCUUACACUUCUUAAGAUAUAUUCAUGUCCAAUGUUAGGCUCAUUGUUUACGACAUACGUAACUAAGACCAUGACUUCAUUGGAAAAAUUGAAGAUAUUUGACUGUCAUGGUUUGAAGUAUAUAAUAACUCCUCCAAGAGUCAAAAGAAAUAAAAAGAAAAACAUGGCUGAAAAUGAGCAUGAAUUUGAAAGUGAUCUUUCAAUGUUCUCAAGUUUGAAAAAGGUAAGUAUCAAGAAAUGUGAAAAAUUGGAAGUAAUAUUUCCUCAGUGUAUGUUGAGAUCCCUACCAGAGUUGAAUCAUCUAGAAGUAAGUGGAUGCGAGGAAUUAAGACAGAUCAUUGAAGAGGAUUUGGAGGAUAAAAGGUUGCCCAAUAUCGUUUCUCCAAAACCAUGCUUCCCCAAACUAGCAUCAUUGCUUAUUCAAGAAUGUCACAAGUUGAAAUGUUUCACCUCUGUAUUUGUAUGCAAUGAUCUUUCCAACUUGAAGAUUCUAAUCAUAAAGGGACCCACUGAACUACAAGAGUUUAUUUCAUGCGAAUACGAUGAGACAGGAAAGACCGAAGUUAAACUUCCACAACUGAAACUUAUAAUAUUUAUGCAUCUUUCAAAUUUUCACCAAGAGACUAUAUUUUUAAAUGUGAAGCAUCGCAUUAUCCGCAAUUGUCCAAUACUCUCUUUGACUUCAACAACUACGCCUGAAGAACUCCAACAAAAUUUUCCUUUGAAAGGUUUGGAAGACACUAAAAUUUCUUCCUUGUAUAUUGAGUCACUGAUGGAUGAAAUUAAGGAAUUAGAUAAAGUUUCUACAAGCAACAAUUUCACUGAAUUUCCUUCUUCACAGAUCAAUGAAAAGUCAGAUAAGAAAUUUAUCGAGAAAGAUUAUGGUCCAAAGGAAGUGGCUCCUACAACUUCAAUAAAUUCAAAGGUGGAUGGUAAGUCUAAUCAUGAAACAUAUUCACAGGAGUUGUUGGGUGGAAAAUCAACGACUGGAUCAUACUUCACAGACCAACAAAUUCCACUUGGACAAACUCAAAGUACCAUCAAAAUGACAUCAGACCCGCAAGCGAUGGAGCAAAAUUUUCCAGUCAUUUCUUCUCCAAACAUGACUCAGAAUACUGAGGAAAUAGGAAGAGAAAGGAGCAGAGGUGGACCUGCAACAGAGGGAGCUACAAUUAAAACCUUUCCAAUUGGUAGAGAUAACAUUAGCUUGGUUAAUGGUGUUACAAUUCACAAGUCAAGCGGUGCAAAUAUACUUCCACAAGAUUCCCAUGUUGUUAAACAAGAUAAUGAGAUGAAUGAAGACAAGACAGAAAUAGCACCAUACAAAACUAUCAAAAUCCAAGAAGGGGUGAACUUGUUGGAUAAAACAGAGGGAAUAGGAAUUGUUUCCCAUAUUGACGUUGUGGUUACUCCAGCUUUUGCAGAUACUCGUACAAGAUUAGAAAAGUAUAAGCACUUUGCUGAUCUCAAUGAUUCAUAAAUUUCUCUGCUAGUGGAGGCGAUGGAAGCAUAUCCUUAUCUUUGGAAUGCGUGUGAGAAGUUCACUGAUCGCUUUCGAGCUUGGAUGUUGAAAACAUUGGCAGAUAUGUUGUUGUUCCUUCGUAGUGAAAGUGUUGC